GAGCGUGAGCGCCGGGGGCCCCGCCACGCCCGAGCCCGAGCCCGAGGAGCCCGCGCCGGAGCGGCCUGCCCCGCCGCCGGGAGCCCCCUCUGCGGGCCUCCCCAAGCCCCGUCCCGGUCCCCCCUCCGCGGGGCCUUCUAUAUGGGCCACCUUCUCUCGAAGGAGCCGCGUAACCGCCCGAGCCAGAAGAGGCUGCGCUGCUGCAGCUGGUGCCGCCGCCGCCGCCCGCUGCUCAGGCUGCCCCGCCGCACCGCGGCCAAGGCGGCCCCGCAGCAGCAGCCGCCGCCGCCGCCGGCGGCGCCCCGGAGCCGGGACUGCUUCUUCCGCGGGCCCUGCAUGCUCUGCUUCAUCGUGCACAGCCCCGGCGCGCCCGCCCCCGCCGGCCCAGAGGAGGAGCCGCCGCUGUCGCCGCCGCCGCCGCCGCGGGACGGGGCCUACGCCGCCGCGGCCGCCGCCGCCUCCCCGCAGCACCUGGCGCGGCGCUACGCGGCCCUGGCCGCCGAGGACUGCGCCGCCGCCGCCCGCCGCUUCCUGCUGUCCUCCGCCGCCGCCGCCGCCGCCGCCGCCGCCGCCUCGGCCUCGUCGCCGGCCUCCUGCUGCAAGGAGCUGGGGCUGGCCGCCGCCGCCGCCUGGGAGCAGCAGGGCCGCAGCCUCCUCCUGGCCGGCGUGGGGCCCGUGCGCUUCCUGGGGCCGCCCGUCGCCGUGCAGCUCUUCCGGGCGCCCACGCCGCCGCCGCCGCCCCCCGAGCCCCCCGAGAUGGUGUGCAAGCGCAAGGGGGCCGGGGUCCCCGCCUGCACCCCCUGUAAGCAGCCCCGCUGCGGCGGCGGCGGCGGGGGCUGCGGCGGCGGCGGCGGAGGAGGCCCCGCGGGAGGAGGCGCCUCGCCUCCCCGGCCCCCCGAUGCCGGGUGCUGCCCGGGCUCCGAGCAGCCGCCGCUCUGCCCCCCGCCCUCCUCUCCCGCGUCCGAAGGUGCCCCCUCCGAGGCCGGCGGGGACGCGGUCCGAGCCGGGAGCACCGCCCCCUCGCCUGCCCAGCAGCAGCAGCAGCAUGAAUGCGGCGACACGGACUGUCAGGAGCCCCGAGAAAACCCUUGUGAUUGCCCUAGGGAGCCGCCCCCCGAAACCCCGGACAUCAACCAGCUGCCGCCGUCCAUCCUGCUCAAGAUAUUUUCCAAUUUAUCCCUGGAUGAACGCUGCCUUUCUGCAUCAUUGGUUUGCAAGUACUGGCGUGACCUUUGUUUAGAUUUCCAGUUUUGGAAGCAGCUGGAUCUUAGUAGUCGUCAGCAGGUCACUGAUGAAUUAUUGGAGAAAAUUGCAUCAAGGAGUCAAAAUAUAAUUGAAAUCAACAUUUCUGAUUGUCGCAGUAUGUCUGAUACUGGCGUGUGUGUGCUAGCAUUUAAGUGUCCUGGACUUCUUAGGUAUACAGCCUACAGGUGUAAGCAGCUGUCUGACACCUCCAUUAUCGCGGUUGCCUCUCACUGCCCUUUACUUCAGAAAGUUCAUGUGGGCAACCAGGACAAACUGACUGAUGAAGGACUCAAACAGCUGGGCUCAAAAUGCAGAGAACUCAAAGAUAUUCAUUUCGGCCAGUGUUACAAGAUCUCAGAUGAAGGCAUGAUCGUCAUAGCUAAGGGCUGUCUGAAAUUGCAAAGAAUAUACAUGCAGGAAAACAAAUUAGUGACAGACCAGUCCGUGAAAGCCUUUGCCGAGCACUGUCCGGAGCUUCAGUAUGUGGGCUUCAUGGGCUGCUCAGUAACUUCUAAAGGAGUCAUUCACCUAACUAAGCUAAGGAACCUUUCCAGCUUGGACCUACGUCAUAUCACUGAACUGGAUAAUGAAACCGUGAUGGAAAUUGUCAAGAGGUGCAAAAAUCUUAGCUCUCUCAAUCUCUGUCUGAACUGGAUCAUAAAUGACAGGUGUGUGGAGGUCAUCGCUAAGGAAGGACAAAACCUGAAAGAGCUGUAUUUGGUGUCCUGUAAAAUCACCGAUUAUGCGCUGAUAGCCAUUGGGCGAUACAGCAUGACCAUAGAGACGGUAGAUGUCGGAUGGUGCAAAGAAAUCACAGACCAAGGAGCCACCCUGAUUGCUCAGAGCAGCAAGUCUCUGAGAUAUUUGGGGCUGAUGAGAUGCGAUAAAGUGAAUGAAGUGACGGUGGAGCAGCUGGUGCAGCAGUACCCCCACAUCACCUUCAGCACCGUCCUCCAGGACUGCAAGAGGACCCUGGAGAGAGCCUAUCAGAUGGGCUGGACCCCCAACAUGUCGGCGGCCUCCUCCUAACAACCCUGCCCGCGCUCAGGUCCACGCGGCCGCCCGGCGGGGCGGGAAGGGGUGCAGACGUGGGCUGCGUGGUCUCUCGGAAAGGUUUUAACUGUCACGUGUCCGUGUGUGUACCCGAAUGUGUAUAUCUGUGUCUUGUUCGCAUACUGCCUAGCAUAAGCGCAAUUGCUGUUUCGUCCCAGGUGAGCUGGUUGUUUUUCUUAAAACUUGAAGAUUUUGAACGCUACAAACCUUUUAAUUUUUAAGUUCAAAGGUUCAUUUCUCUCUCUCUCUCUUUUUUUUUUUUUUUAAGUGUUUUUACUGUGGGAUAAAAAUAAAUAUAUUAUUUUGAGCUUCUAAUUCCUACCACUUGGUGAUGCCCUAAAGUGAAGGCAACUGCGUUCUUUCCCAGUGAGAUAGACUAGCGCACUUCUGCUAUGACAACCAGAACAUACGUGAUGUUGCAGUAGUCAGAAGCCUGGGAACUAGCUUCUCUCACUCCCACAUGCAUAUACACACACAUGCACACACACCAGGACGGUUUCUUUCUGCAUCAUUUCGGACAUAGGGGCCUCCCUCCAGGCCGCUGGGAGAGCAUGCUGCCCGCUGAGGCUCUGCUAACUCCAUGUCCCCAGGAGGGGCCAGCCUGCUGUGUGGUAGGUGACUGGGGGACUAGAGAGGAUAAAGCCUUCUGUGAAAUUUAUCUGGAGGUACCAGUCCCCUGGCCAGCUCACAAAAGUUAAUUAUUCAUCAUUCUACAAAUGCGUUCUGUUGAGUAUACUAAAUAUUUCGGUUGAGUUUUACAUUAACAUUGUGUUAGUUUUUAUUUCAUGGAUAGUAACUUGUCUUGGAUGUAUUUUAAUGGUAUUUGGAGCUAAUCUUCACAUUAUUCACAUUAAAGUCACCAAUGUAAUUAAUAGUGUGAAGUUAUUUUUAAAAAAAAAUCUACAGAUCAUUUAAUUAUUUUUGUUAAUUUGGGUAAUUAUGAAAUUAUAUUUCUGAGAUUUGGGGGUAGUCACAUUAAUAGAAUAUUAAUGAGUGAUAUAAAUAGACAAUCUUUCUUUUUUUUGCUUUGGGCUUUCGAGCAGGUUUUUUUGGUUAUAUGCAUGUUAUUUUUAAAUAGUUCUUACGCUACUGCAAAGAUCUAUUGCUGGUUAAUGUAUGAGUUAAGAAAAAUUAUAAAAUUUUUUCUUUAAAAUUCUGUUUACACUCGUCAGAAAUAAGCAUUUCUUUGUUUAAAAGUUGACACCUGUCAGUUAAGAAAAGAUCUAUGUAAAUGAAUGUUUUGAUUUCACACAUAUUUACAGUUAAUCCAUGUAGAGACUCAGGCUCAAAUAACCUUUCCUCUGUCUAGAUUUAUAAUCAAGACAGCAGGGAGCCUUUUUAUGCUAAAGAGUGAUUAUCUUUCCCAGUAGAGCUAGAUACAAAACCCUGGCUUGUGAGUUUGCUAUUUAUUCUUCCCCAGUGUGGACUAGCUGGGUUUUUUUUGGUCUUUAACAGGUAUACGAAAGUUUGAGUUUAACUUUCUAUAAGCCCAAUAUUGCUAAAACGAGACUAUCUGUAAGAAACAAAAAAAUAGCUUUACAUUCAAAUGCCAUUCACUUAUUUAUAAUGACUCCAAAAAUAUUUAAAACAACUGCUUUUUUUGAUUAUGUCAACAUGUUUCUGAUAUGGUUUUUUUUAUUUUUUUUUUUUAUUCUUUGCUUUUAAUCCAAAUCAGCUAGGAAAAUAUAGUCAGUACCCACCAAGGGUAUUUUUUUCUGUCACUAAAUGGAUUAUUAAUUUAAUUUUAAGGGAAUAAAGUUUGUAAGGGAAAAAAAACAAUUUACUAUUAAUUUCUUACACAUCAAACUGUGUUUUCAUUUCUCCUCCACUGAAAAAUAUCUUAAAUCAUUAUAUUUUAACUGGUUUUUAAUCCAAAACUAAUUUAUAAGACCUUAUGAAUAGUAAUUGUAGCUUGAGUGAGUAAGCAAAAGUUUAAUUUUUAUAUAUGUCACACUAUAUUUUAAAUAGUUGAAGAAAAGACUAAAGAAGGGAGAGCCAUCGAUGAUACAGAUGGCGCCAUUUCAAUUCAAAAUUGUUAUAAUUUUGGAGUGUUACAAUUUGGUUGUCGAAUGGUUUAAGAAGCGUAUAAUUGAUUUUUUUUUUUUUUUAUGUUGCAGUGUUUGAUCUAGCGUGCAGCACUAUAACAUGCUUCAGCGUGGGUUGGGUGGGGGGAGUGGGCCUUGCACUCUUAUUCUUUAAAAUGUUGACUAAUCCAGAAAGCCUGAUGCCACAUAACCUGGAAAACUGCUUUGGUAUAUUUGUAUAAAUCUCUAGAAAUGUCAUAGCCAGCCUCAGAGCAUUAAUCUUAAAAAGAAAAAGAAAAAAGAAAGAAAAAAAAAACAACCAGAAAAAGCAUUACCUUGAGUGAUCCUGUGGUGGUUGUUGAAUGUGUUCUUAUUAGAUGCUUUCAAUUGAGGCUGAAAAUGAUUUUUCUGGGCAAUAUAGAGUUUUUGUUUUGUUUUGUUUGCUUAGAAUGUUAUAAAUGUAUGUGAACACGUUUAAUGCAGGGCUUUUUAUCCUCUCCAAAUGUCAACAGUAUUUUCAGAAUAAAGGCUAUGAAAUAUAUUGCUGUAGUGGAAAUUCUGGUCCUUUGUCUUUAAUGUCUUUUUGAGUGGAUAAAGGAAAUUUACUCGGUUUGUAGUUUCUAUAUUUCUGUGAAUCUUUUGACCUUGCAAUGGGUUGCAAUAAAAGAGAAACAAAA